UAUUCGUGAAUUCCCGCUCAGUUUGAAACGUACGUCAAAGUGCCAUACAACGAAAUUUAACCUGUUCCCCAGCCUCAUCUAUAAAUUAAUUCUUUUCAAGUUUCUUUUUCAUUCUUGGAUGGAAAUGGCUACGAAAUCGAUUGUAAGGUACAUUUUCACCAUUUUAUUUGUUUCGGUCAUUUGCUGCAACUGCCAAUCAAACAAAAACCCCAAAACAAACAACCCCGGCGGUUCAUCUUCUUGGGCGAAACUGCAAAUCUCAGCGGACACGUUAAGUUCCAUGAAUUACGGCAACUUUCUCAUUGAAAUUUAUGAACACGCCAAUAAUCACAAGCAAACGACAACAGCCAGCCAGAAAAAAUAUUUCUACGCUCCCAUUGCGCUGCUGGACCACACAAGUGCCGUUAGUUCUUACAACAAUGUCACGAAACAAUUAGAGAUGAGAUUUCGUGUAGAAAUGUGGAACGACAAAGUCCAAAAUGAAGUUGUGAAACAUUUAAAUGACAUUGUCGGUCAUGAAAUCAAAUCAAACAGAGUGACAGUCAUUCCCUUGGAGAAGGUCAUUCUCGCCAACAAAAUACCCACAACAGAUUAUUCGCCAUCGCCAGUGUGGACGAAUUAUGACAAGAGCAAAACCAUUUGGUUUUAUAUGUCAUGUAAUGACCGGAAAAUCUGCGACGAACUGGCCAAUCAAAUGCGAUCGAAUCCCAAUCAAUUUGACCAUUUGAAACUCUUGUACAGUUUGUCAUCGCAGACGUCACAAACAAAACAGACGACCAUCCGCAUCGAUAGCCUCACUUCCGGUCAAAUGGUCUCGACUCUUUUACAAAAAUUUGAAAACAAAAACGAAAUUUUUCUGACGGCCAGUGACGAGAAGAAAAUGUUGACGGAAACGGCCACCAACAUUCGAAUGGACACAUUUGACGACUACGAGGUCGGGUCGCCUGAUACUGAACUUCAAAUUUCAAAUAUUUUAAAAGGUAUGCUUGUCACGUCCAAGGCGACCAUAACUAAACAAAGUGACAAAAUGUGGGACUCUGUUUUCUGGAAUGAUGACAAUUAUCGGCCGGACAAGACGACGAAAACUUUAAAUGAAAUCUUCAAUAAACUGGACAGGGAAACUCAAAAGAAAUUGGCGGACAUGUUCCAAAAAGCGGAGAAACAGUCGGUAUUGAUAGACACAUUUUCUUCGAGUAAUAAAGACGAGGAAAGAAAAGGAGAGGAACAAAUUCGUCGCGAAAAUCAAUCGAAAGAUGCAAAUGAAAAUGAAAGGAGAAGAUCAGAAGCAACGGACCAAGGACAAUCCAGCCGCAAUAAAAGUAAAGAUGACAAAUCUUUAACUGUUAAUGCUGAUGGGGAAGCAAAUGUGCAAGGGAAAGUGGGUUUGCCAAUAAAGAUUCCUUUUUUGCCGAAGAUCGACCUCAGUGGUGGAGGUAAAAUCGUAGUAGAUUACAAUAACACGCACAAUACUGAACAAGAAAAUGAGAAGACUGGCAGGGCAAAAACUAAUUCUGAUGAAUAUGGCAGAAAGUUGGAGAAUAAAGAAAAAAUCCAACACAAUUUUGACUUAAGCAGUUGGGCUGACGUGGACAGAAUCAGUUCAACAAUGUCAGGGAAAAUGGCAAAAGAUUCCGAUCGUUCCCGGCGUGUAGAAAUUUCAAAAGAAGAAAUGGCAAAAUUAUUACAAGAAAGUAAAAAUCACGUCCAAUGGGAUGGAGAAAAAUUCGUUCCCAAACCGAUGCAACUCAGCCGAAUCAAUUUGGCCAAAUUUCGUGAUUCUCAAUCCUUUCAGGAUCGCAACGAUCGUGUCCGUUACACGACCGCUGAACUGUCGGCGCCGAUAAAAAUUAUGGAACACGCAGAAUUGACCGUCACUGACGAAUGGAACAAUUUAAAGGACGAAUUCAAAGCCAUCACUGAGCUGUUGAGAGCAACUGUGAAUAAUUUGGUUAUAACGAGAACGGAACUGAAUAAUACGAAGAGUGAAUUAACUAAAACGCGAAUUGAUUUAACUGAUACAAAUUAUAAAUUAGAAGAGACUCAAAAGGAGUUGGUGAAAACGAGGGCUGAUUUAACCAAAAACCUCGAUGGUUUAUCUUCCAAAUUAAAGGAUUGUGUAGCGAAUUCCGAUCGAUUAGGUCAAGAAUUAAAAGUUGCUGAAACAAAUUUGAAAAAAGAUCUAAGAGCGACUUCAACUGAUUUGGAAACUACAAAAACAAAUUUGGCCUCAACGAGAACCGAAUUGGGCAGCACCAAAUCCGCCGUUGCGGAUUUGGUGACCAAAUUAAAUGCCCGAACGAGUGAAAUAGUCGACAUUGGUCGAAUGCCAACAUCGUGUGCGGAUCUACAGCGGACGGGACAUAAACUUAGCGGAUUCUUUUCAGUCAAAGGAUCAAAGAAGAUGGAAAUGAUUUACUGCAACUUUUAUUCUAAUCAAAAUGACAAACAGAAAUGGAUCGGAUACGCCGACGUCAAAUCAGAGCCCGUUCAUUUCUACGUACAGAGAAAUUCUUCAUUUUACAACGAAUCAACUCCAAUUCCGUAUAAUUUGGCGGUGGUGAACGAGGGAAACGCCAUGAAUUUGACAUCUGGAAUAUUCACGGCACCGCGACCGGGAAUUUAUUUUUUCUCAUUCGCGGGAGUGGCGCGUCUUAAAGAUUCAUCUGAUGUUUAUUUUUAUUCUCGUCUUUAUUUGAACGGGAAUCGAAUCGGGUCGAGUCAUAUUCGCGAGGAUAACGGUCCCGUUGAUCAACAUAGUGUGGUGACCCUCCAGUCGACGCUGAACUUAAAAAAAGGCGAUCAACUCUGGGUGCAGAUUUCUUAUUCAGGUUCAUCCUCAUAUUUGUAUGAAGCUAACAGUUUCCGAAUGUGGAAUUGGGUCGGUAACCUAAUUUUCAACCCAAACUACUUGACCCAUUUCACGGGUCUCAUGUUGGAGGAGGAAAUUGCGGCGUCCCUUUGAGGUUCUACUUCAUCGGCGACAUGAAACAUUUUCGACUAUUUUGUUUAAUGUCUUUUUAUUUAAUGUUUCAUGUCGACACGCAAUUUUGGGGAAGGAAAUUUUAAGGGGGAAGGGGAAAUAAUUCAUUCGACUCUAAUUCAUUUAGGGGUAGGAAUUUAUGUACCAAAGUUAAACUGUGGAUGCAAUUACACUUAUUGAAUACACAAACCAAGUUGCAAAA